AUGGCGGCGCGGGGCGGGGGGUGUCCGCGGCCGCUGCUCACGCUCGCAGUGCUGUUGGCGCUGGGCCCCAUCCCCGCAGCAGCCAAGCUCAACAUCCCCAAAGUGCUGCUGCCCUUCACGCGGUCCACGCGCGUGAACUUCACCCUGGAGGCCUCUGAGGGCUGCUACCGCUGGUCGUCCACCCGGCCGGAGGUGGCCAGCAUAGAGCCCCUGGGCCCCAACGAGCACCAGUGCUCCCAGAAGGCAGUGGUGCAGGCCCGCCUGACCCAACCUGCCCGCCUGACCAGCAUCAUCUUCGCAGAGGACAUCACCACGGGGCAGGUGCUGCGCUGCGACGCCAUCGUGGACCUCAUCCAUGGCAUUCAGAUCGUCUCCACCACCCGCGAACUCUACCUGGAAGACUCCCCUCUGGAGCUGAAGAUCCAGGCACUGGACUCAGAAGGGAACACCUUCAGCACCCUGGCAGGGCUGGUCUUCGACUGGACCAUCGUGAAGGACCCAGAGGCAAAUGGGUUCUCAGACUCCCACAAUGCACUGCGAAUCCUAACGUUCUUGGAGUCCACGUACAUACCUCCUUCCUACAUCUCGGAGAUGGAGAAGGUGGCCAAGCAGGGAGACACCAUCCUGGUGUCUGGGAUGAAGACGGGGAGCUCCAAGCUCAAGGCUCGCAUCCAGGAGGCCGUGUACAAGCAUGUGCGCCCUGCGGAAGUCAGGCUGCUGAUUCUGGAGAACAUCCUUCUGAACCCAGCUUACGACGUCUACCUGAUGGUGGGGACCUCCAUCCACUACAAGGUGCAGAAGAUCAGGCAAGGCAAGAUUACAGAACUCUCCAUGCCCUCUGAUCAGUAUGAGCUGCAGCUUCAGAACAGCUUCCCCAGCCCUGGAGGAGACGUCACCCGGCCCGUGGCCGUGCUGGCCCAGGACACGUCGCUGGUUACCGCGGUGCAGCUGGGGCAGAGCAGCCUGGUCCUCGGCCACAGGAGUAUCCGCAUGCAGGGUGCUUCCCGGUUACCCAACAGCACCAUCUACGUGGUGGAACCUGGCUACCUGGGGUUCACCGUGCACCCUGGUGACAGGUGGGUGCUGGAGACUGGCCGCCUGUAUGAAAUCACUGUCGAAGUAUUUGACAAGUCCAGCAACAAGGUCUACCUAUCGGACAACAUCCGAAUUGAAGCCGUGCUUCCUGCCGAGUUCUUCGAGGUACUGUCAUCAUCCCAGAACGGCUCGCACCAUCAUGUCAAGGCCAUUCGCAGGGGCCAGACGGCCAUCAGCGCAGCCCUCACCUCUGUGGUGGACCAGGACGGAGGGGUCCACACGCUGCGGGUGCCCGUGUGGAACCAGCAGGAGGUGGACAUUCAUGUCCCCAUCACCCUCAAUCCCAGCAUCUUGACGUUUCCCUGGCAACCAAAGACGGGCGCCUAUCAGUACACAAUCAAGGCUCACGGUGGCAGUGGGAACUUUAGCUGGUCUUCAUCCAACUCCGAGGUUGCCAUGGUCACUGUCAAGGGUGUGAUGACCACAGGUGGUGACACAGGACUCAGUAUAAUCCAGGCACAUGAUGUCCAGAACCCACUACAUUUUGGCGAGAUGAAGGUGUAUGUGAUUGAGCCUAGCAGCAUGGAGUUCGCCCCGUGCCAGGUGGAGGCGCGAGUGGGCCAGACCCUGGAGCUGCCCCUGAGGAUCAACGGCCUGGUGCCCGGCGGGGCCAGCGAGGUGGUCACUCUGAGUGACUGCUCCCACUCGGACUUGACGGUGGAGGUGGAGAACCAGGGCGUGUUCCAGCCACUGCCAGGGCGGCUGCCGCCAGGACCAGAACACUGCAGUGGCAUCCGGGUGCGAGCCGAGGCCCAGGGGCACACCACACUCCUCGUGAGCUACACGCAUGGCCAUGUGCACCUGCGAGCCAAGAUCACCAUUGCCGCCCACCUGCCCCUCAAGGCUGUGGACCCCUCCUCUGUUGCCUUGGUGACCCUGGGCUCCUCCAAGGAGAUGCUGUUCCAAGGAGGUCCCAGACCCUGGGUCCUGGAGCCUUCCAAGUUCUUCCGGAACAUCACCUCUGAGGACACUGACAGUAUCAGCUUGGCUCUCUUUGGCCCCCCCACCUCCCGCAAUUACCAGCAGCAUCGAAUCCUUGUGACCUGCCGGGCUUUAGGUGAACAGGUCAUCGCCCUCUCCGUGGGGAACAAGCCCAGCCUCACCAACCCCUUCCCCGCCGUGGAGCCAGCUGUGGUGAAGUUUGUGUGCGCUGCCCCGUCCAGGCUCACCCUCACGCCCGUGUACGCCAGCCCCCAGCUGGACCUGUCCUGUCCACUCUUGCAGCAGAACAAGCAGGUGGUGCCGGUCUCCAGCCACCGCAACCCCCUGCUGGACCUGGCUGCCUACGACCAGCAGGGCCGCCGAUUCGACAACUUCAGUUCUCUGAGCAUCCAGUGGGAGUCCACCCGGCCGUGGCUGGCCAGCAUCGAAUUUGACCUGCCUAUGCAGCUGGUGUCCCAGGAUGAUGGGAGCGGACAGAAGAAGCUGCAGGGUUUGCAGGCUGUUGUGGUUCACCAGGCUUCCGGAACCACCACCAUUUCGGCCACCGCAGCUGGCUACCAGCAGUCCCACCUCAACGCAGCCAGAGCGAAGCAGCCGGAUGACCCUCCUGUGCCCGUGUCGGCCUCUCUGGAGCUCAUUCUGGUGGAGGACGUGAGAGUGAGCCCAGAAGACGUGACCAUCUACAACCACCCUCAAGUCCAGGCCGAGCUGCACAUCCGAGAAGGCUCCGGUUACUUCUUCCUCAACACGAGCGCCGCCAACAUCGUGGAGGUGACCUACCAGGAGGCGGGGGCCGUCGCCACGGUGCACCCCCUGCGCCCAGGCUCGUCAACCAUCAUGAUCCAUGACUUGUGCCUCGCCUUCCUGGCCCCGGCCAAGGCCACCGUUCGUGUCUCGGACAUUCAGGAGCUGUACGUGCGUGUGGUUGACAAGGUGGAGAUCGGGAAGGCGGUCAAGGCCCAUGUCCGUGUGUUGGACUCCUACAAGCAGCCUUUCCUGGCCUCGUACUUUGCCUUCAUGGAGCUGAAGCUGCGAGCAGCCUCCCAGAUCGUCACCCUGGUGGUCCUGGAUGAAGCUCUGGACAAGUACACCACCACAUUCCUCGUCCACGGCACAGCCAUUGGCCAGACCAGUCUGACCGCCAGCGUGACUGAUAAAGCCGGACAGAAAAUCAGCUCGGCCCCACAGCAGAUAGAAGUCUUUCCCCCAUUCAUGCUGAUACCCAGGAAGGUGACGCUGAUCAUCGGGGCCACCAUGCAGAUCACCUCCGAGGGCGGUCCCCAGCCUCAGUCCAACAUCCUCUUCUCCAUCAGCAAUGCGAGCGUCGCAGCCGUGAGUGGUGCCGGGCUGGUGCGCGGGCUCACCAUUGGCAACGCCACGGUGUCUGGGGUCGUGCAGGCCGUGGACGCGGAGACUGGCAAGGUUGUCGUCAUCUCCCAGGACAUUGUGGAGGUGGAGGUGCUGCAGCUCCGGGCCGUGAGGAUCCGCGCCCCCAUCACACGCAUGAGGACCGGGACCCAGAUGCCUGUGUAUAUCACCGGGAUCACCAACAACCAGAAUCCUUUCUCCUUCGGCAAUGCUGUGCCAGGCCUGACCUUCCACUGGUCCGUCACCAAGCGGGACAUUCUGGACCUCCGAGGGCGGCACCAGGAGGCAUCCAUCCGGCUCCCCUCGCAGUACAACUUUGCCAUGAAUGUGUUCGGGCGGGCAAAAGGCCGGACAGGGCUGAGGGUGGUGGCCAAGGCUGUGGACCCCUCUGCCGGGCAGCUGCAUGGCCUCGCCCAGGAACUCUCGGAUGAGAUCCAAAUCCAGGUGUUUGAGAGGCUGCGGCUGCUGGGCCCUGCUGUCGAAGCAGAGCAGAUACUCAUGUCACCCAACUCGCUUCUGAGGCUGCAGACAAACAGGGACAGUGUGGCCUCUCUGAGCUACCGACUCCUGGAUGGGCCUGAGAAGGUGCCCGUGGUGCGCGUUGACCAGAAGGGCUUCCUUGCGGCGGGGUCUGCGAUCGGGAUGUCCACACUGGAAGUGGUUGCCCAGGAGCCUUUCGGGGCCAACCAGACCAUCAUUGUUGCUGUAAAGGUAUCUCCUGUGUCCUACCUGAGGAUUUCCAUGAGCCCUGCCCUGCACACCCAGAACAACGAGGCCCUGGCCGCCCUGCCUUUGGGGAUGACCGUGACCUUCACCGUCCACUCCCAUGACAACUCUGGGGACAUCUUCCAUGCUCACAAUUCUGUCCUCAACUUUGCCACCAACAGAGAUGACUUCGUGCAGAUUGGGAAGGGCGCCACCAACGACACCUGCGUGGUCCGCACGGUCAGCGUGGGCCUGACACUGCUCAGUGUGUGGGACUCGCAGCAGCUGGGCCUCUCCGACUUCGUGCCGUUGCCCGUGCUGCAGGCCAUUUCCCCCGAGCUACCCAGAGGGGCGGUGGUGGGAGACGUCCUGUGUCUGUCCACCGUCCUCAUCGGCCUCGAAGGCCUCGCAGGAACCUGGAGCUCCUCAGCCAGCAGCAUCCUCGACAUUGACCCCAAGACCGGUGUGGCCGUGGCCCGGGCUGCGGGAUCCGUGACGGUCUACUACGAGGUCGCGGGGCACCUGAGGACCUACAAGGAGAUAGUUGUCGGGGUCCCUCAGAGGAUCGUGGCCCAUCGUGUCCACCCCAUCGAGACCGACUUCCAGGAGGCCGCAGCCUCCAGAGUGACUGUUGCCGUGGGAGAUGGAAGCUCCAACCUCAGAGGCACGUGCUCCCCAGCGCAGACGCACGCCAUCCAGGCCUUGCACCCGGAGUCGCUCAUCGGCUGUCAGCUCCGCUUCAAGCAAGAUGUCUUCGAUUUCCCCGCGCGGGACAUCUUCACCGUGGAGCCGGGCUUCGACGCUGCUCUGGGCCAGUACGUCUGCUCAGUCAGCAUGCACAGGCUGACGGACAAGCAGCAGAGACACCUCAGCUUGAAGAAGACGGCCCUGGUGGUCACUGCCUCGCUCCCCGGCAGCCACUUCUCCGCAGAGCAGGUCGGGGCCGAGGUGCCCUUCAGCCCAGGGCUGUAUGCCGACCAGGCCGAAAUCCUUUUGAGCAACCACUACACCAGCUCAGAGGUCAAAGUCUUCGGAGCUGCCGAGGUCCUGGAGAACCUGGAGGUGAAAUCCGGGUCCCCAGCCGUGUUGGCCUUCGCCAAGGAGAAGUCCUUUGGACUGCCCAGCUUCAUCACAUACACGGUCGGCGUCUCGGACCCCACGGCCGGCAGCCAGGGGCCUCUGUCCACCGCCCUGACCUUCUCCAGCCCCGCCACCAGCCAGGCCAUCAGCAUCCCGGUCACUGUGGCCUUCGUGAUGGACCGCCGCGGGCCCAGUCCUUAUGGGGCCAGCCUCUUCCAGCACUUCCUGGAUUCCUACCAAGUCAUGUUCUUCACGCUCUUUGCCCUAUUGGCUGGGACGGCCGUCAUGAUCAUAGCCUACCACACGGUCUGCGCACCCCGGGAGCUCGCCAUGUCGCCAGCCCUCACGCCCCGAGCCAGCCCGCGGCACAGUCCCCACUAUCUCACGGCCCAGUCGCCGAUCACCUCCCUCAACACACUGCCUCCUGGUCGCAAAGCCAGCCCUCCCUCCGGGCUCUGGAGCCCGGCCUACGCCUCCCAGUAACCGCACCAAGGGGCGGCACCAUGUUAGGCUGUGCCCACGGACUCAUCUCGGACGCAGGGCUUGAAGCAUGCCCAUCUCCUCCUCGGCCGCCUCCGUUAUGCGUUAUGUGUGGGCCGUGCAGCCGUGGUGUCGCUUUCCCUGCGUCGCCAGCGCUGCCCCCCCCCUCAAGGCUUCUUGUGGUCGGAAGUUGCGCGUGCACGCGGGUGAUGCUCCAUCGUAUUCUCAGGGAAAGAUUUUCUAGUUAGUUUUGGAGGUUUUUUUUUUUUGUUUUAAACUCCUUCCUAGUGCAGCCACUAGGGGAGUGCCCCGCUCCUGCCCCCGCCGCCCAGGGCGCCUCAGGAAUGCAGCCUGAUGCCCCUGCACAUGAGCUAGGCAGGGCUGCCCCCACCCCAUGCGCCUGCUUCCAGCCACUGUGAGAAGACAUCCAUCCUCCAGGUUCCUCUGUCCCAGAGACAACUGGCAGAUGGCGCCGGGCCCCGCUGGAAAGUCCCGAGUGGGGUUCCCGCGCAGUACCUGUCCCCUCCUCCUGCCUGGAGACCCCCGCGCCCGCCUCUGCAGCAAGAGCCAGUGUUCUCGCAGAUCUGAGCCCGGCCCACCCCGCAGGUCCCCAGGCAGCUAAGCUGGGAGGGCAGUGGGGAGCGCCCUCCCCCUCCCGGAAGGCCUAGGAAGAAGACAUAGGCCACUUCUCUCCCCUCACCCCAACCGGGAUCAGAGCCCAGCCCCCUGCUCCAAGGAGGCACUGUGCCGUCCCCGGGGGAUCCGGAGGCCUCGUGGCUGGAACUCGCCAUGCCUGUGCGCAGUGCUUGCGGAGGCUGUGGUCACGGUCAGGGUCACGGUCAGGGUCUGCUGUGAAUCCACUUCAGUGCUGUGGCCAGGCUUGGAUUUUUCCAGAGCUGGAGAAGGGAAGCCAGUGCCUUGUCUGUUACUUGAGCCCACACUGACACCCUGGAUGUAAGGAGCUGUUCUACCUGGUUACUAAAUAAAGCUCCGGAGCCUUUCUUA